AUGACAAAGUCUUUGAAACAUCAACUAUCAACACUAGAUUUAAUAGAUGAUUCUACUUUAACUUCACUACCUUUCCCACCUCCACCUCCAAUUAAAAAGAGGUCUUCUACAUUAUCGAAUAACUCAUCAUCAAAUAAAAUACGACCGGUGAAUUCAUCUUCAUUAUCUCAAUUCCCAAUACAUAAAUCUAAAGAUACCAUAACAAGUGAUGAAGAUAAUGAAGAAGAUGAAAUUUUUGAAUAUUCAUACGAGGAAGAAGAUCCAAUAGUAUUAGUUGAAGAUUAUUUAACUUCAAACAAUCCAUUUUACACAACUCAUAAUUUAUCAAGACAAAAAUCAUUAGCAGAUUUUAAAAAAAGAAUAAUGUCGAAUAAUUCAGUUAAUUCUUCAUCGAGUUUAAAUUCAUCAAUUGAUACGAUAAGAGAAUCUCAAGAAACUCAAACAAAUACCACUAUGCAAACCUCACUAUCAUCUAAUCAUCAACAACAAGUAAUCAAUGAUUUACAACUGAUUUUUGGAAAUUUACCAAGUUUUGAAUUAUUAAAAUAUUGUGAUUUAUGUAAUAAACCAUUAUAUGAAAUUUCUUCAAUUAUAAAUUCAACAACAAUAACUAAUAACAGCUGUACUGCAUCAUUUAAUUUAAAUGAAUUUAUAUGUGGUGAUUGUGUUGAAAAUUAUGAAAUUUUUUUAAAUGUUUAUAAUAAUAAUCUAGAAUAUGUCGAUAAGAAUAAUGUGAAUAUGACUGAAGAAAAUCGUGUUGGUGAAAGAUUUACUCAAAAAAAUAAUAACAAGACAAAGAACUCAAAAUUGUGGAAUAUUUUACAUCAAAUUUCAUGUAAAUAUAAUAUCAAAAGAGAAGUUAUAUGA